AUGAAGAAAAAAGAACAAAUCAGCAAAGCCAAAAUGUUAACAGAUGAUCCGACGCCAUACCUUGCUCGAAAAUUUCGUUCUGCUCUCUCAAAACUUAAAAAACAAAACAAGUUCACCAAAAGAGAGUACGAAUAUCUCUACCCGAGCGACCCAAUUCCGCCAAGGAUGUAUGGUACAAUAAAGGCUCACAAGCCAGAAAAUAACUACCCAAUGAGAGUUGUAGUAUCAACGAUCGGUACGCCAAGCUAUAGGACGUCAGAACAUCUUGUCAAGAUCAUACAACCAACUCUAAAUAAAAACAAAACAAGGUUGAAGAAUUCGAAAACUUUUGUCGAAACAUCAAAAAGUUGGACGAUCACGCCAGACAAAGUACAAGUUUCGUAUGAUUUAUCCAUCAGUACCGGUGAAAGAAGCAAUAGAUUGUUACUUAUAUGGGAAGAUAAAAUCUACCUUCUUCAAAACUCGGGUCCAAUUGGCCUAGCUCUUAUGGUUGUUGUUGCAGAGGCGUUUCUUCAAUAUCACGAAAGAAAUGCAAUUAGUGUUGCCCUCCAACGUAAUCCACCUGUUGCACCGAAAUCGUUUAAAAGAUAUGUUGACGACAGCCAUGCCAGGUUUAAAAAUCUUGAAGAAGCCAAAUCGUUUCAAAACAUUAUGAACGAACAAAAUGACAACAUAAAAUACACAAUGGAAAUUUAA